AUGAGCGGGGGAAAGAAAACCGGAAGUCGGAAGAAACGUGUGGAACAAGAAGGAAAGAAUUCAGCGGAGAUGGACGACGCUCGACGCCCAGACGACGACUCUUCAGAAGCUGUGCGCUCGGUGCCUCCACAGCGGCAAGAGGGAGGACACGAGCCGGUCUCACGGCGGCAGUCCUUUUCCGAGGUGCUUGAUGUGAAUUGGGAGUCCAGGAUCACCCAGCUCUCCAUCGUGCCGGGCUUUUCACUGGAAUGUUGUGAGUCUGUUUUUGGCAUCCGUGAUAUGUUGCAGGGUGUGAAGGAGGGGUGGUGGAGGGCAGUGGUAGAGGUGGACAAAAGGAGGGAGAGAGGGGGGAAGGCUGUUUAUUGGCAGAUGGGAUUCCUGCAAAGGCCGGUCCAACAGUCUCUGGCCUCCUCACUGUGCAGGGAGUCCCAUUGGAAGUGUCUCCUCCUGACGCUUCUCAUGUACGGCUGCUUCGCCACACUGGCCUGGUGUGCCCUCUGCCGUGUUCCCGUCCUCAGCUCCUCCUCCAUGACCCUCGAGCACCCCGUUGCCUAUGACGACGCCACCUCGGCGGCGUACUACAACGACAUCCUGCACCUGGAGAGUCCGUGUUCCAGCGGCUAUGUGUACAUCCCCCUGGCUUUCCUCGCUAUGCUGUAUGUGGUUUACUUGGUGGAGUGCUGGCACUGCUUCUCAAAGACCGCCCUGCUGGCCCACGCCGAAUUCCAGGAAGUCUUUGAGCGUGUGCAGAGACUCCAGCAAGCAACACCCUGCAUCUGGUGGAAAGCCAUCAGCUACCAUUAUGUGAGAAGGACCAGACAGGUGACAAGAUACCGCAAUGGAGAUGCUUACACUACCACACAGGUCUACCAUGAGCGGGUAAACACUCACGCCUCCAGUUCAGAGUUCGACUACGCCCGCUACGGAGUCAAAGACGUCUCCAAGGCGCUGCUCGACCUGCAGCGCCACCCUGCUGUCCGCCUCCGCUUCACCAAGUGUUUCAGCUUCUCCAGUGCACGCGCUGAGGCUGCUUACCUCACCCAGCGGGCACGCUUUUUUGGAGAGAAUGAAGGUCUGGAUGACUACAUGGAGGCCAGGGAAGGGAUGCACUUGAAGAACGUGGAUUUCCGGGAGCACAUCCUGGCAUUCCCGGAUCCAGCACGGCAGCCCUGGUAUGCCAGGCACCGGGUGUUCUGGCUGGCCUCUGCAUUUUUGCUUUCGUGGCCACUGCGCGUGGUGUCGGAGUACCGCACGGCGUACGUCCAUUACCACGUAGAGAAGCUGUUUGGUGAGGACGAGGACACCACGGGAGGAGGUGGCGGUGGAGGGGUAGGACGGGGGUUAGGAGUCAGUGGAGGGAUUGGGCGGGGAGAAGGGAGUGAGGGAGGGACUGAGAAUGGGAUCCAUGGAGGAGGGGGCGGGCCGGGGCUAAACGGGACGAGCUACAGGGCCAUCUCUCGGGUCAACACGGUGGAUAUGACAGAGCUGGAGUGGCACAUCCGCUGCAACCAACAGAUGGUGCCCAGCUACUCAGAGGCCCUCCUCAUGGACUUAGACACGAGUGGGAGCACCAAUAUGACUGCCACCACGCCCCUGUCCGGACCGCCAGGUGCCAUCCCUGGCCAGGGGGCCAACCCAACUCCUCUGACCCUGCCUGUGGUCUUCAACUCGGCUUACCUCCUCCAGAGCUGCCCCCGGUGUCGUAGGACCACCUCCAGUUCUAGCUUGCCUUCCAGGCUUAGGGCCCCGACAGGAACCACGGCCCUGCUGAACGCCACCGUAGCUGGGAUGAGGGCAGCGGCGGUGGCGCAGGGCGGAGGAGGGAGGCUGGUGCUCAGCCGGAGCGGGUUCUCACUGGGGAGGCUAGGAGCUGGGCGGCGGGCCAGCCUUUUUCACUCCCGAAGCAUUGGGGGAGGGCUGGGGGGAAGAGGGGAGGAGGGAGGAGGGGGAGGAGGUACCGGCAGUGGGGGCUUCCUGGGAUUGGGAUCGAGGCAGGAAGAUGAGGAGAGCAGGGGAGUGCUGGAGGUAGAGGGUGAUGAAGACGAGGAGGAGGAGGAUGUGGCAAGGGGAAGGGGAGGGGCGGAAAGGGAUGAGGAGGUUGAGCAGGACAGUGGGGAGGUGAGGGAUGGGGAGCGGGACAGGCCUCCGCCCUACCAGGACGCGUUCUUCUUCCCCGUCCUCAUCGUGCACGGCGAGGAAAGCUGCCAUGCUGGAGACGACAUGUGA